UCAUCCACGCCAGUUGGAAACCUCGCAUAUCAUCGUUUCUCUCUCUAAAACCUCUUCGUUUCUCUCUCUAAAACUCGAAAUAUACUGUGUUUUCUCCCUCUUAUAAUGACAUGACGACAAGAAUCAAUCCACUGGCUUCAGAAUCGAAAACCCUCCUCCUAGAUUGAGUAUAGUAUACAAGAGAGAACAACCACCAGUUUUCCUGCAAAAUGUCUUCCGGAUUCUCCGGCGGUGGGCCGGACUUCUUCGCCGCCGGCGGGAGAGCCACGAGCAUGAACGGUGGUUAUAAUACCAAUCUUAACCCACAACAGCAGUUCUCGUUACGGUCGUUGAUUGCCGGAAUUCUGCCUGACCCGGCUGCGCAGAUCCGUCGACCGCAGUUGAUUGGGAAGAGAUCACUUUCUGAGUUUCAGCAGAAUCAACAAGGUUCAGGGUUUUAUCUCCGGAACGUGAAGUCGAGAGUAAAUUACCAGCAUGCAACUCCUAUAUCUCCCUUCUCUACGGUGGAGUUCUCUCCUGUCCCUUCCAUUUUGCCGGAAGCUUCUUCCGUUUCGAAUUCUAUGAUCUCGAGGUAUGGCCUUCCGAUUUGUCAGCCACACCGGCUACAACCUCUGACUUCCUCUAACAGAAAUGUUAACAAUGUGUGUCUCAAUUCGGGUACGACUCUUCCGGGUUUGGGCUCAGAAGUUCUGCGGCAGGACUCCGAGAAGAAGAUGAUGAAUCAUCGGUUACAAGAACUGGAAAAGGAGCUUUUGGGAGAGGAAGAAGACGGAGAAGCAGUAUCUGUUGUUACUAACAGCGAGUGGUCCGAGACAAUCCAGGAUCUAAUUAGCCCGAUCCGGAAGCCCAUUUCUCCAUCGCCGACUUCUUCUUCUUCCUCUUGUUCUUCUACUUCAGCUUCUCCUCCAAUUCCCUGCUCCAAACAGUCCUUGAUAGAUGCCGCUGUUGCUGUCUCUGAAGGAAAAUUGGAAGUCGCAGCCGGAAUACUCACGCGCCUCCAGCAGGUUGCGAACCCAAGGGGCAGCUCCGAACAGAGGGUCACGGCUCACAUGGUUUCUGCUCUCAAGUCGCGCGUGAACCCCACAGAGCAGCAUCGUUUGCCGGUGGGCGAUCUUUAUACUAAGGAGCAUGCCUUAUCAAUCCAAAUGUUAUAUGAUGUCUCGCCAUGUUUUAAGCUGGGUUUCAUGGCCGCCAAUCUGGCCAUCCUGGAGGCAACAUGGGAUCAGGGCUUUAACAAGGUUCAUGUCGUGGAUUUUGAUAUUGGUCGAGGCGGACAGUACAUGCAUUUGCUCCACGCGCUGGUGGCGAAGAAGCCAGCUGACAAACGCGCCGCCGCCGUCGCAUUAAAGAUCACUACCUUCACGGAUUCCGUCCCCGGGGACGAACAUAGGCUGAAAAUGGUUGGAGAAGGACUCAAAGCAUUGGCCAGCAAGAUCGGCGUUUGUUUAACUUUCUCAGUCAAAAACUCGACAACCACCGAUUUGAGCCGGGAUAAUUUGGGGGUGGAUCAGGACGAAGCCCUUGCCGUGAACUUUGCGUUCAAAUUGUACAAACUGGCGGAUGAGAGCGUGACGACGGAGAACCCGAGAGACGAGUUGCUCCGCCGCGUGAAAGGUCUCUCGCCGACUGUGACGACGGUGGUGGAGCAAGAUAUGAACGCCAAUACGGCUCCUUUAACGGCACGCGUGAGGGAAACUUGCGAAUACUACGGCGCAUUGUUCGAGUCGCUGGAGGCCACGGUGUCCAGAGAGAACCCGGAUCGAGUCCGGGUCGAGGAGGCGCUGGGCCGGAAAAUGGGCAACUCGGUGGCGUGCGAGGGGAGGGACCGGGUGGAAAGGUGCGAGGUAUUGGGGAAGUGGAGGGCCCGAAUGAGCAUGGCCGGGUUCCAGCCCUUGCCCAUGGGUCAACCCGUGGCUGAGUCGCUCCGGGUUAAGCUAAACUCCGGGACACGUGGCAACCCGGGGUUCACCGUCAGCGAUCAAUCCGGCGGAAUCUGCUUUGGGUGGAUGGGACGAACGCUCACCGUCGCAUCUGCUUGGCGUUAGUUUCACAUCUAAAAAGUGCUAAUUAGUUUCUAAAAACGUAAUUCUAUUUACGUGAUUAUUGUAUUAAUGUUUGUAUUAGCGUUUUCUCGAGGAAAGGGAUGACCCGCCAAAGGAAACAACAAUUAAUGAACACCGUGUGCUUAAGAUUC